AAAAAAAUGCUGAACUUUGAAAAUUAUUUUCACUUUUUCAACUAAAUUUCUCAUCAACGAAAAAAUUAUUUUAUGUACAAUUACGUUCUACAUAUAAACUUUCGAUAAAAUCAAAAUUUUCAGAUAAAAUAAAUUCCUUUAUGAUAUAAAGAAAGCCUUUUGCAUCUGACUCUAACAUCAAAUAUUUAAUAUAACAUAUGAUCACAAUGGAAAACAAUAAUGACACAUCAGAUAGCGAAGAAAUUCUUGUAUAUGUAGAAUUUGAAGUACUUGAUGAUAAUAUAUUUAAUGAGAAACAAUUACAAUUGGACAUGAUUGGUAUAGAUACAGAACAUCCUAUAAUGCAAAUUAAUGGAAAGUUUUAUGAGGGUACUUAUGAAGAUGUCGUUGGUACUUAUAUGUUUUUCACAAAAACUAAUGAUACUGCAAUAAAUGAUCCUGUAUUUGAUAUUGCUCCAAAUUUUAAAUAUUUUGCUAAAACUAAAAAAUUUUUAAAAAUGCAAAGAAUCUUCAUAAAAUCUAGAACAGAAGUUCUUGGUGAUUCUGAAAAUAAUCAAUGUAUUCCAAAUUCAUAUACACUUAAACAAGCAGGAAUACCACUUCAAUAUCGAACAGAAGCUCUUUUAUUUUGGAAAACUAUACGAAGUAAUAGAUUAAAUGCAUUACAUUCAUAUUUAGAAAAACAACGUAUCAGACAACAAAAAAAAUCUCAAGGCAUAAUAUUAGAAUCUGAAUCUGAUGAAGAUAAUCCAUUUGCUAUAUAUGAGCAUAAAGAAGAAACUUUUAAUUUAGACAAAUCGAAAUAUAUUCAUGUUGUUUCACAAAAAGAAUUAACUAAUUCUGAUAAUUAAUUUAAUAAAAAUUAAUAUUUUAAAAAAGAUAUCUGAUAUAUACAUACACAUAAAAGAACACAAUAAAUUUUUGUUUUGAAA